GAGGCCCGAUCGUCUCGUCGCACAGUCCAGCUGACGAGGCAGAACCUGGCGAUCAACGCGUGGACGAACCUGAUGCAGCUGAUCAUGAACCACCUGUCGCACAUCAUCGGUCGCAGUCGCGAGCAGUUCCGGCAGAACAUGGAGAUGUCGAACCGGAUGAUGGGCACGAUCGCGCAGAUGGGCCACGAGAUGGGCUACCUGACACCGAUGGCGGACUCAGUGAAGGCGAUCGCGAGAGGAGCCGCACAGGUUCCGGAGAGCGUGCUGCCACCGCCGCCGGCACCAGAGGAUCAAGCCCAGAACUACUCACAGCUGUGCGAGAAGAGGGACGUGCGCGCCCAUCCGACAACGAGGAGGUACUACGCCAAGGGGUACUGGCUGAUCUGCGACCAGUGCGGCCGGCGGUGGAAGUCGGUCAACGGGAAGUGGAUCGUGGACGACAAAGUGGUGAAGAGAGGCGCCUGGAAGCGCCUUCUCGGCAUUGCUAAGAAGACGACCGCAGCCUGCGAGACGCUUAUUAACGUGAGUCAAGAUGCCGAUCGCCGAGCUGCCGAUUUACGAGACGCGGAAUGGUGCUGUUCGGACGUGGCCUUCAUGGACAUUCCCGUUCCCGAGUUGCCCGACCACCUGUACCUGGACAACGAGUGCCAGGCGUGCGGCACCGACCUCGUCGAGGGCUGCGCCGGGACAGCAAGACCUACGCGAUUAGCUUCACGCUUUGAGCUGAGGGCCUCGCCGAGCGCCGACAUAGAGGACGGCUGGGACUUGUCAGCUACGCGAGGUGCUCAGAGAUGGAAAGAUCAGAUACAGAAAGACAAGCCCCUCUACGUGAUCGUAGGCUUCCCCUGCACGCUCUGGUGCUCCUACAACGUCAAUGUGAAUUACGUCGACCAUCCCGAGCUGCUUGAGAGACUUCGUGCCCGGGAUCGACGGCUGAUUGACUUGAUCAAGUGGACCAUCAAGUACCAGGUGAAGCAUGGCCGGUUCUUCUUGUUCGAGAACCCGCCGACGUCAGCGAUCUGGAAGGACCUCCAGUUCGCCCCGCUCCUGCCCUUGGGCGAGACCGUUAUUGGCCAUGGGUGCCAGUGCGGGAAGACAGGCAAGACUGGCCUGCCGAUUCGCAAGGCGCAUCGCUGGUUCUCCAACUCGCCGCCCGUGCUUGCGGCUCUGAGCCGCCGCUGCCCAGGACUUCGUCCGGAGUCCGGGGGCCACUUGCACGAUCAGAUUGAGAAUUCGAAGUGGACAAAGGCCAGCGGCGAGUACACCGACGAGAUGGCCCACGCGAUGCUCCACGCGAUCCAGCAGGUCGCCGCCCAGAGGAAUCCGAGCAGGUUCGCCGACAUGCCGGUCGCGGCUACCGAGUGGGAGGUCGCCUACAACCACGCAGGUCCCAUCGAGGUGCUGUUCGCCUCGCCAGAGAAGGACCCCACCAGGUGGGAGGCGGUCAUGCAGGGCGUCCGACAGAUCGUGGGCGGCUCCGCCAGCCGAGGCGGGAACAAGGCCAUGCAUUACCUUUCGAAGUCAUCCACGCUCUGGAGACAGAUUAGCCAGCUCGUCCCGUGGGACCUCACGAUGAUCCAGCUCGCGAAGACAGCCAAACAAAGGAGGUUCCCCAUCAACAAGGAGCCGUGGUCUCACCGCGGUCACUGCUACGUGGACGAGAAGGGGCAUUACCACAUCGAAGCCGAGGACCUGGUUGACGUGGCCUUCCCGACGUUGGCCUUGUCGCCGCCCGCGGACCUAGCCAUUUUCUUCUUCGGCUAUGCCAAGCAGGAGUCCCUCCCGCAGGAGCCUGACACGUCACAAAUAGAGAAGCGAAUGCCGCUUCCCCCGGACCCGAACGACCCGAUGCUGCCGAACAACAGCCUGCCGCCCGACGAGGAUGACGACCUGCAGGACGUCCCGAUCGCUCGGAUGCCUGACGCGUCCGGCGGUAUGGCUGGCAUACGUUUUGUUGGAGUGACAAAGGAGCAGUGUCCUCGUGAAGUUCGCCAGCUUGUCGCUCGUAUGCACUGUAACUUGGGACAUCCUGUGCCCAGCGAGUUCUUCCAGUUCCUGGCUCAGAGAGGCGCCUCGCAGGCCACGCUACUGUGCGCCAGAGCGCUGAGGUGCCCGGCGUGCCUUCGUCGCAAACGGCCUCAGCGACAGCGGGAGUCACAGAUUCCAAGAGUGGGUCUGUUCAACGACUUAGUCAAGGGCGACUUGUUCUACGUCAUGACCCACGACGGUACGACGCACGCACUCUUGGGACUGGUGGACAAAGCUACGAGACUACAUGUGGUGUGUCGGAUUGCUUCACGCGAACCAGGAGACGUCUGGGAGAAGUUCCAGACGUGCUGGCUCACCCCGUUCGGGAUCAUGCAGAUUCUGGUUGUCGACCGGGACGGUGCCUUCGAAGCCGUGUUCAUGGACAACUGCCACACGUUGGGAAUCGACGUGAGGUACGUGCCGCCGGGAGCUCACUGGCAGCUGGGCCUGGCCGAAUCCGGCAACUACGCCUGGCGCCGAGUCUUCGAGAAGGUGAUCGACGUCAUCCUGCCGACGAUGCCAGAGCACGUGGACCUCGCGAUCAUCUCGACGAGCCACGCCGUAAACCAGUCAGUGCGCCGAGCAGGCCGCGCCGCCUAUGCCGCCGCCUUCGGACGGGUACCCACACUUCCGACCGAGCUCUUGGCCGACACCACGUCCGCCGAGUUCUGGCGCAAUUGCGCCCGGGAUGAGAUGUUGGCCUACGGGGAGAGAUGCCGCAUUGAGGCGCUCAAGGCGAUCGCCGACCUGGAGGCCGACGAGGCGCUGCGCACCUCCAUCCUCCGCCAGCCUGUCAACCGCAAGGAGUACGACUUCCUCUCGGGACAGCGCGUGGCAGCCUGGGGCGAGCAUGGUCGCAAGCGACGGGGCAAGACGCCCGUGGCAGGGCAUCGCCCAGGCAUUUUCUGUUUCUGGGAUUCCGGCACCAACGGCUACGGCGAGGGCGAGUCUGCCUGGCUGCGGAUCGGGCACCGCACUGUGCAGGUGGCCCGCGAACACAUACGCCCAGCCGUCGGUUUCGAGGGCUGGACCCCUUCCGAGGAGGACCUCAAGGAGCUCAAGACGGCCGAGCAGGACUUGGCGAAGGCCAGAGCGGUACCCGGCGUCGAGCCCAGCGUCGAGCCGAAGGCGAAGCUCCAGAGCCCGCUGCGCCCUUUCCGUGGCCAGCGCCGCCUCAGUUUGGACCAGUCCGAGCACGAGAGCGCUCUGCGACGCCCACGCCGAGGAAAGCUUCCUAACAUACCGGGCUCACCGAGCCCAGCAGCCUUCGUGUCCAACGAGUCGGGCGAGAUGGAGUUCAUCGCACCGGAUGGCUGGGACGGAGUCGAGGAGCCGGUCUUGCUCAGGACCCGCGUGUUCUCGAGCCUGGCGGAGGUCCAGGAGGCCUACGAGGCGCACCUCUUGCCCAUCGAGAACUUCGAGAACGACCCGAUCGACGACAGCGAGUUGGACGACGACUGGACAAACUGCCUGUACAUGACCUCCCACGAGCUCUCCGACCUCAGGGACGGCGAGAUGGACGUGGACUGUGCGACAGCACAGGUGGGCGACACGACGGACUCGAACAACCUGUCGAGACGCGAGCAGCGUCAACUGGAUCGUGAAAUCCCUUGGCGGGAGAUCGCAGAGUACCCGGAGGACCAGUUCAUGGAGUACGUCAAGGCCUUGCGCAAGGAGUGCCAGAACUGGGACACCUGGAAGUCCGUUCGGGCCUGCUCGCAGGAGGAGGCCGAACAAGUUCGUCGUGACCCUCAUCGCCGCAAACGGUGCAUCCGCUCGCGCGUGUGCUACCGGGACAAGAACUUGGGGUUUCCGCCGUUGAAGGCCAAGGCUCGCCCGGUGUUGCUGGGGUUCUCCGACCCCGACCUGGAGAAGUUGCCGCGUAACGCCCCGGUGCUGACCGACGCUGGCAAGAAGCUGAUCUGCCAGAUCGCGGUCUCGAAUGACUGGCGAGUCGGGACCGGAGACGCGGAGAGCGCCUUUCUCCAGGGAGGCGCCCAGAGCGAGCGCGAGGAGGCGAUCUACAUGAUUCCGCCCAAGGACCCGAUAGUUCAAGCCGCCGGAGUCUUCACCGCCCCGCUCUACGAGGUGGUUGGCAACCUGUACGGUCAGUCGACGGCGCCGUACCUGUGGUACAAGCACGUGGUGACGACCUUCCUGGCGCUGGGCAGCAAGCUCCACAGCCUCGAUUCAGCUCUCUUCUUGCGGUUUUUUCCGAACAAUGAGUUGGCUUGCGCGGUGGGUAUGCACGUGGACGAUGCUCUUGCGGCACACCAUCCCAAGUUCGACUUCACACCGAUCGAGAAGGCUAUUAAAUGGCGAGGCUGGCAGUGGGACAACUUCGUCUUCCUCGGCGAGGAGUACCAGCGCCUACGUCAAGGUCCGUACAGUGGAAGUUUGUUUGUUCAUCAAGCGGCCUACACUAAGGCGAUUGCAGUCACGAAGGUUGGAGUUAUGUCCAGCACUCGGUCUUCUUCUAAGCUGACGCGCUCGGAGCGCGAAGAUCUGGAGUCUGCUGUCGGUUCGCUCCAGUGGUUGUCCGGACACACACGCCCAGACCUGUCAGCCGCGGUUUCCCUUGUCCAGAGGACCGACCCCGAGCUGAACGACCUACGGAUGGCCAUGAAGCACGUAGAGUACGCGCACCGCACAGCCCAGACUGGCAUCCUGAUCGUCCGCGUCGAUUUGAGCCGCGCCUGCUUCGUGAGUUUUGCAGACAGCUCAUGGGCGAACGCUCCGGGAUUGAAGACCCAGAUCGGCACCCUCAUCUUUCUGGCAGACGAGGUGAUACUCACCGGACCCACGUCAUGUACUCUCUUGUUUCACAAGUCCAAGAGAACGCCGAGAGUGGUGAGAUCUACGCUGGCUGGGGAAGCUAUCGCGCAGGACCUGGGAGUGGACUACGCGUCGUACUUGUCGAAGUUCCUGUCCGAGAUGUUGACCGGACGGCCUGCUGGCCGACACCCACCGAUCUUCGAGGUUAUCACCGCUACCGACUGCAAGUCUCUGUACGAUGCCCUCCACCAGCUCACCCCGAGUUUGUCUGAGAAACGUACUGUGAUCGACGUGAUUUCCAUUCGUGACGAGGUGAAGGUCAAGAACGUCAGAUGGAUCCCUACGACGCACAUGAUAGCCGACGGCGUGACCAAGGAGGAUCCGAAGCUUCGCGAGAAUCUGACCAAGUUCUUGGCGGACCCAGUGCUUUCGCUCGUGGAGUCGAUUGCUUGCGAGGAGCUGACCG